AUGCGGAGCAGGAGGAGGACAUGCCACCUCGAGAGGAGCCUCGCGCGAGGCCGCGGAGCAGAGGAGAACAUGCCACCUGGAGAGGACCUUUCCACGCGAGGCCAGCAUGGCGAGUGCUGUCCCUUCUGUGCAGAUCGUGAAAGAAGAGGAACGCCAGCACGGAGGCUUUGGAGGGGCCGGUCAUGGGGCGGGCAUGCAGAUGGCUAUGAUGAACCCGAUGGGCCAGAUGCUGCAGCAGAUGAAGGAACAUCGAAUAAGGAGAUGGCCGAGUACCACAAGAGCAGCCUGGCUCAGCAGAAGGAGCAGAACGAUCGCAUGUUUGAGCUGUGGGCGGCUUCAGCAGCUUCGUCGUCCGCUGCACCGGCAGCAGGCCAGCUCCCACCGCGAGCACGUGUGGCGGCGGUGAAGUUGGAGGACGGGAAGCUGCCUUACUCACCACUUUUUCUGGAAGCGGCACCGGGGCAGGUAGACAGUGUCAUCCUGGAAACCGCAUGUUUGAGCUGUGCAAGGCCUUGGCUCAACAGCGAGAGGCGGCCGCAGCAGCUUCGUCGUCCGCUGCACCCAACAGCGAGAGGCGGCCGCAGCAGCUUCGUCGUCCGCUGCACCGGCAGCAGGCCAGCUCCCACCGCGAGCACGUGUGGCGGCGGUGAGGUUGGAGGACGGGAAGCUGCCUUGCUCACCACUUUUUCUGGAAGCGGCACCGGAGCAGGUAGGCACUGUCAUCCUGGAAACCUUGUACUGGUUGGACAAUCUAGGCCCCUUUACUUGUCAGAUCACGUGCGGCAGCAGCUGGACAAGCUUUGCUGCCCACUUUCUUGCUACCCACUUCUGCUGCCCAUUGCUGCUGUCCACCUUCUGUCCACUUCCUGCCCACUUUCUGCCCACUUCCUGCUCGAAUCUGCUCAAUUCUGUCCAAUGUCCCUGCUCACCUCUACCUGCUUCUGCUUAUGUUCUGCCCACCCUUCUGCCCACUUCCUGCUGCCCACUUCUGCUGCCCAUUGCUCCUGCCCACCUUCUGCUGUCUGCCGCACACUUUCUGCUGCAGACUUUCUGCUCAAAUUGCUGUCCACUCGUUGCUUGCUGUUCACUUUCUGCCAACUCCUACCCAUUGCUGCUGUCCGUUUCUGCCCAGUGCUGCUGCCCGCUUUCUGCUGCCCACCUUCACUUUCUAUCUAA